AAUGCCAGCCAAAAAGUACUUCCAUUCAACAAACCCUCUCUCUUUCUCUUUUACUCCUAUUUCUACUUCACUCCACUCCUAUUCUCUCCGAAUUUAUUCUCUAGCUCACAUAAUAAUAUAUUCAUACGUCAAUCAAUAAAGCAAGUCAAAAGAAAAAAUGGCAUCUAUGGCAUCAGUUGCAGUUGACCCUGCCGACCCCCUGGCUCUUCAUAAACUGGUCUUUCUUAAUAAAGUCCAAACUUUGAAGAUGUAUCUGACACCCUAUAAACAGCGUCAGGCCAUUGACGAAAAACAAUCGCCACAGCAACAGCAACAUUCAGGGAACAACUUCGAGGAAAAGGGCCAUUACAAUAAAAAAGAUGCAACUCAGCAGAAUCGACAUCCCGCCAUCAACUCCCUGGACAAUCAUCUGGUCACACCAUUGCAUCUCGCUGUCAUGCUGAAUCGCAAGGACAUGGUCUCCAUUCUUCUAGAGGCAGGUGCAAAUCCAGUGGCUCGGUCUGGAUCUGGCUGGACCCCAAGACAGGAGGCUGCCAGUCUGGGAGACCGAGAGUUGAUUGAGAUCUUAACACGGUAUCAGCGCAAAGAGUUUUCAGGAUCGUUCAAAACCAAAGCCAUGAGCCUAGUCAAGCAGCUAUCCGAGGAUCUUGAUCAAUUUUACUUUCAGCUUCAAUGGGAGUUCCAAAGUUGGGUUCCAUUCGUAAGUGGAUUAUGCCCAAACGAUACAUAUCAUAUCUGGAAGAAGGGCAAUUGUGUGCGCAUGGAUACAUCUCUUGUUGGAUUCGAAAACAUGAAAUGGUUGCGAGGUCAUAUUUCUAUCAUCUUUCGAGUAGAUCCAAUGUCUGGUCCAGAGCUAGUCAUCAUCGACCGCGUAAAAAAGAUCACACAGCGCCUCGCUACAUCUGCAGACGAUGAGCAACAACAAGCACAAGAACCAACGGAUGAGGAAAUCGAGAGAGAAGUGUCGGUUUGCUUCAAUUCUGAUAUUACCUCCACAAAUGUACCAACGUCUGCCAUCAAAUUUCACCGAGCAAAGACGGGACUAUGGGGAUACCGUACCGACAAGGUCGAAAAAGUGGGUGAAUAUGAAUGUGCGGUGUGGAAAAUGGAUGGAGUCGAAUUUCGAACAAGAGUCAGGACUGAGCACUUGAAGGACGAGUAUGGGAAACCCCUUGAAUUGCACAAAGCACCAGCAGUUAGAGCAACCAAAGGACAUCACCAUCACCAUCACCAUGGGGCUCAUGGACAUGGAAGGGCUGAUCUUGCAUUGAUAGGAAAUAGGGGAGGAAGGCAGAAACAGCAGCCAAGGAGACCAAUUCAACCACUUCUUGCAACCUUUACGGAAUCCGAGCCUAUAAAAGACAGUGACGCGAAAGGUGACACAACAGCUCUAGAAGACCCUAGCAAUGGGCCACUCUCAAUAACCGCUUCUUCAGAGCCUGUAGAAAAGAAUGAUGUCAAUGGGAUUGAUCAAUCAAAACAUCAACGAGUUAUGGCUCCUAAAAAGCAUGCUAGAAGUACGGGGACCAUCUCAGACGAUGCAUUUUUCGAGACAGCACUAGAAGAGGCCGAAGAAGAGUUAGGGAAUGAGGACGACCCCGAUACUGCAGACGAUAUGGAGUUUGUCAACCCAAAAGCAAUCUAUCGAAAAUCAUUACCUCCGCCUCCACCACCAACCAUUACGUUCGAGGAGUAUUUUGACCAAUCAAAGCAAGGGGAACUUCAUCUAGGUAGACCAUUGGAGCAGAAAGAGUCACGAAAGACAUUCGGUGCAACUUUGUGGAUGUAUGAUGGUAGUAAUAGUAGCAAUGUGUCUUCUUCAGCUUCGGGAACACUCCAUGACAACAAAUCGACUGCAUCGAUUGCAGCUUCAUCUAUCACAUCAUUGGGCAGUAAUAGUAACAAGACAAUAGUACCUCAAUUCCCUCUGACUAUCGAAAGGAUUAUUCCGCUCCUUGAGGUCAUUGGGAUGGACAAUAACCGGUUGGUGGGCAAACUCAAAGAGUUUUUGGAGUUCCAAUUACCGCCUGGUUUCCCCAUCCGCGCUAAUAUCCCUGUAUACCCUUCACUGAGUGCAGAUGUUACUUUUGUAAAUUAUGAUGCUCAAAGAAUCAUUAAUGACGAUAUGUUUGAUGUACCUGGCGAGAGUGAAGGCUUUAUGGAAGGGCUUGUCGUUCGAUCCAUGGGACAGGAUGACACAUAAGAGCUGCAACUAAUACUGUAAGAUGCAUCGUUUACUGCAGUGAAAUAAAAUAAUAGAACAUGUCGCUGCAGAUUGACGAGAAGUCAGAACCUC